UCAGCGUCGAGUAAAAAAAUGGCGUCGGUAAGGCACAGAGAAGUCCGAGCCGAUCGCCUCACCGCCCGUAAACACGUCCGCUACGGACACCGCGAGGACUAAUUGAGCGGUGGGCGCUGACGGGUGUCGUUUCUGCGGGUAUUUUCGAGAUGUUGGUACGUCUGUCUAGCUUUAUCACUGCUUGUUUUGGGCCAGAGAGUCGCCACUGCCUCGGGAAAGCUCAUUAGCUUCAAGUUGGCUAGUCGUGUAGCUUCAUCUUCCAUGAAGCCUCAGCCAGCAGACUUCACACUCUUGGAUUCUUUCCUUCCAUUUAACUCCUUUUCCCGCCUACCGACACGACCAAUUAUGCGUUAACUGGAUUAAAAAACAAAAGUCACUUGUAGCGCUGGAGUGAUAGAAAGAGGGCCAGUCUGGCAUUGCGACAUUGUCGAGCCGGAGUCACUUGGCCGUCAUGUAUUUCCUCACCGGCUGGCCACGGAGGCUGCUUUGUCCGCUGCGGAGUGCGGAGGAGCCCUUCCACAUCCAGCCCAGCUCGCAGCGGUUCUACUUCGCUCUGCUUUCCGACACGCAGCUCAGCAUCUGGUUCAGUCGGCCCAGUGUUUUGAUUGUGAGCUACAUUGACUCUGCCAAGGCAAUAGCACAGUUUGGCUUCUACCAGAGGGCAGAAUGGAAACCCGACGACUCCAUGAUUGCCGUGGCGACCGCCAAAGGCUACAUCCUCCUGUUCUCUGUGCUCGGCGGUGGGGAUGACAAGUACCUCUACGAGCCAGUCUACCCAAAGGGGAGCCCUCGCGUGAAGGUAACACCGGGUUUGAAGGAGGAGCAGUGUGCCCCUGCUUUGUCACUCGAGAUAAAGAAGCCUGUUGAUCUGGAGGCCCCCAUCACCAGUCUACAGUCCCUCCAUGAGGAGCUGCUGGUGUGCACGGCAGACGGCUACCUCCACGUGUUGCACUGGGACGGGCUCGGCGGCAACGGACGCAAGGCCAUCUGCCUCACCACCAUCCCCUUCUCUCUAGACCUCCAGUCUGCUCGAGGUGGCCCGUCCCUGGACCUGGAAGGUGUUCACAUCCGCUGCAUGGAGUACUGCGAGACCCUGGACGGCUUUGCUGUGGUACUGAGUGAUGGACGCCUGGGCUUCAUCACGCCCCUAAGCAGCAGCAUCACUGCGGAUCAACUGCAGGGCGUCUGGGCCGCAGAUGUGAGCGAUGGCACAUGCCUGGCCGUCAACAACAAGUACAGACUGAUGGCAUUUGGGUGCGCAAGCGGCUCAGUGCUGGUCUACAUGAUUGACACGGCAACCGGAUCUAUGCAGCUCUCCCACAAGCUGGAGCUCACCCCAAAACACUACCCAGACAUCUACAACAAGACGGGUCCGGUCAAGCUCAUAUGCUGGUCCCCCGACUAUAGCGUUGCCAUGGUUACGUGGGAGUGUGGCGGCCUGUCGCUGUGGAGCGUCUUUGGAGCUCAACUCAUCUGCACGCUCGGAGAGGACUUUGCGUAUCGCUCCGAUGGCACCAAGAAGGAUCCCCUUAAAAUCAGCUCUAUGAGCUGGGGUGCGGAGGGCUACCAUCUGUGGGUGCUGCACACCAAACGCGUAAAGAUUAAGCAGGAGGAGGCGCAGCAAGAAGAGGAGACCGUGUCACCUCCACCAUCUUCCCUGCAGGCGGGCAUCCUACAGUUCCACUUCAUCAAGAGCGCCCUCACGGUCAACCCAUGCACGAGUAACCAGGAGCAAGUGCUUCUGCAUGGCGAGGACCGCCUUUACCUGACCUGCGGCGACCCGGCGCAGGCGCACAACAGCUCUGAGACGCAACAGCACUCACGCUUGCACCUGCACGACGGAAGCCCACCGCACCACCACCACCACCCGGACUCCUCGCUCUCUCAGGGACUCAGCACUUUACUGGGACACAAGCACUGGCAUGUGGUCCAGAUUCAUAGCACAUACCUCGAGAGUAACUGGCCUAUACGGUUUGCAGCCAUCAACACAGCUGGGCAGUGCAUGGCUGUAGCAGGGCGACGUGGCUUUGCACACUACUCUUUGUUCACAAGGAAGUGGAAACUCUUUGGAAACAUCACUCAGGAGCAGAACAUGACGGUGACAGGUGGUCUGGCGUGGUGGAACGACUUUGUGGUGGUGGCCUGUUACAAUUUCAUAGACCAGCAAGAGGAGCUGAGGCUAUAUCAGCGCUCGUCCAACCUGGACAACGCCUUCGCCUCGGUCACCAAGCUGCAAUCCGACACGCUGCUGCUCAACGUUUUCCGAGACAUGGUCAUCUUGUUCAGAGCCGACUGCUCCAUCUGCCUCUAUAGCAUAGAGAGGAGGAGCGACGGUCCAAAACCGACCGUCAGUGUGGAGCUGCUGCAGGAAGUCUCCAUGUCGCGCUACAUCCCUCAUCCUGCUUUGGUGGUCUCUGUCACGCUCACAUCAGUGCGCACGGAGACCGGCAUCACGCUGAAAGCCCCGCAGCAGGCCUGCAUGGCAGAGAGCAUCAUGUUGAAUCUAGCUGGUCAGUUAAUAAUGCUACAGAGGGAUCGUUCAGGACCGCAGGUACGGGAGAAAGAGACCCCUGCCAACAGCAAGAAGCUGCUACCCUUCUGCCCCCCGGUGGUCCUCGCCCAGUGCGUGGAGAACGUCUGGACCACCUGCCGCUCGGACAGGAAAAAGCGCCACCUCCUGGAGGCCCUGUGGCUCUCCUGCGGCGAGGCGGGCAUGAAGGUGUGGAUGCCGCUCUUCCCCCGUGACCACCGCAAGCCCCACUCCUUCCUCUCCAGGCGCAUCAUGUUGCCCUUUUACAUCAACAUCUACCCGCUGGCCGUGCUGUUCGAGGACGCCCUGGUGCUUGGCGCCACCAACGAGACGGUGCUGUACGACGGGAUGCAAGGUUCCUCAGAGCCACUGGAGGUGCUGUUUCCUUUCUGCACCGUGGAGAGGACUUCGCAGAUUUACCUGCAUCACAUCCUGAGACAACUGCUGGUUCGCAAUCUGGGGGAGCAGGCUUUGAUGCUGGCCCAAUCAUGCGCCUCCCUCCCUUACUUCCCUCACGUCAUGGAGCUCAUGGUCCACGUGGUCCUGGAGGAGGAGGCCACCUCUCGGGAGCCCAUCCCCGACCCACUGCUGCCCACCGUGGCCAAGUUCAUCACCGAGUUCCCGCUUUUCCUCCAGACCAUCGUGCACUGCGCCCGCAAGACGGAGUACGCCCUGUGGAACUACCUGUUUGCUGCCGUGGGGAACCCCAAGGAUCUGUUCGAGGAGUGCCUAAUGGCUCAAGAUCUGGACACGGCGGCCUCCUACUUGAUCAUCCUGCAGAACAUGGAGGUUCCGGCCGUGAGCAGACAGCACGCCACGCUGCUCUUCAACACGGCGCUCGAGCAGAGCAAGUGGGACCUCUGUCGUCACAUGAUCCGCUUCCUGAAAGCCAUCGGCUCGGGGGAAACGGAGACUCCGCCCCCAACCCCCACCACACAGGAGCCCAGCUCUACCGGCGGCUUCGAGUUCUUCCGGAAUCGCAGCAUCAGUUUGUCUCAGUCUGCAGAUUCCGUCACGGUGGGCAAGUUCAGCCUGCAGAAGACCUUCAGCAUGCCAACUGGGCCUUCAAGUAAAGGGCGUGACGGCGAAUGUGCGGAGAACAUGUACAUUGACAUGAUGCUAUGGCGCCACGCACGCCGCCUCCUGGAGCAGGUCCGCCUCCGAGACCUGGGCUGCUUCUCCGCACAACUGGGAUUUGAGCUCAUCGGUUGGUUGUGCCGCGAGAGGAACCGCGUGGCCCGCGUCGACGAUUAUGUCCUGGCCCUGAAGAGACUCCACAAGGACUUCCUCUGGCCUUUCCCGGUCAUUUCCGCGGGGAACGUCAGCUCGCCGCUGAAGAACGGACGCUGCCGUCCAGUGCUGAGCACACGGCUCCUCAAAUCCCAGUCGGCUGACAGCCUGCUGCACAUGGACACAGCUCCCCCGCCGCCGGGCCCCAGCAGCCACACCUGGAUGGACGGCCUCAGCCAGAGGAGCAAAGACAUGGACGCCGGCUCGUCCGCUAACUCCAACCGGCACUCCCCGCAGACGCACGACGCCUUCCUGUCGCUUCUCACCAACAAAGUUGAGGAGUACAGCAUCGGCUCAGCCACAGACCUGACCGAGAGCAGCUCGGUGGUGGACGGCGACUGGACGAUGGUGGACGAGAACUCUUCCACGCUGAGUCUGAGCCAGGCCGAGCUGGAGCACAUCUCCAUGGAGCUGGCCAACAAAGGGCCGCACAAGUCUCAGGUGCAGCUCAGGUACCUCCUGCACGUCUUCAUGGAGGCCGGCUGCCUGGAGUGGUGCGUUGUCAUCGGUUUGAUCCUGCGAGAAGCAAACGUCAUCAAGCAGGUCAUUGGUUUCCUUGACAGUCCUGAAGUUCCUGCGGAAACAACACAGAGCAUACGAAGUGGCCUGUUGUCUAUUGACACGUGGGCCUCCACUGACUGCCUGGGCUACAAACCCUUCCUCAGCCUGAUCCAGCCUCAUCUUCAGCAGCUCAUGAUGGCCUCCAUGGCGUCCGAGCAGGUGCAGCCCGAAGCCUUCCAGCCUUCCGCCUGCCAGAGCUCCAAGCUCGGCGCCGCAGAAGGAGGCCCGGGAGGCUCCGCCUCGGCUCGGCCCGAAGACAGCCGGUGCGCCGCUGCUCCUCUCGGACUGCUGGCGCUCCCGUCCCUGGAGCCCGCCGGUGGGUUUUUGAGGACGGCCCCCACCGAGGACCACCGGUCCCCGGAUCAGACAGAGGAAUUUGGCGAAGAGGAGGGGACCUAUGACUGCAUCUUAUCUUGAACCACCACCACCACCACCUCUGGACACCCUGGCUGGAUGCUUGAAAAUACACUUUGUGUGUGUGUGUGUGUGUGUGUGUGUGUGUGUGUGUGUGUGUGUGUGUGUGUGUGUGUGUGUGUGUGUGUGUGUGUGUGUGUGUGUGUGUGUGUGUGUGUGUGUGUGUGUUCUUGGACACCUUGGUAGGGGCAGGUUUUUUUGUGGGGACUUUUGUUAGACCUCAUAAGGAAAAUGUGUGUGUGUGUGUGUGUGUGUGUGUGUGUGUGUGUGUGUGUGUGUGUGUGUGUGUGUGUGUGUGUGUGUGUGUGUGUGUGUGUGUGUGUGUUUUGUCAUCUUCUUAGGGACGUUUUUUUUGUGUGGAGACAUUUCAACCAGUCCACUUAAGGAGAAUAUGACAAUGAGCUCAGAGUGUGUGUGUGUUGUCUUUGUAAGGCAACUUUUGAUCUCCCACCUUUUGUGAGGAAAUUUUGGAUGAUUCACUUGAGAAAACGGUACGUGUGUGUUUUGUGUUCUUUUGAAAGGUAAUUUUUGACAUCUCACCCUUGUGUGGCCAUUUUUUUGGAGUGGGGUGUUAGGCGGUAUGUGUUGUCUUUGUGGGGAAAUAAUUCUCUGCCAGGACUUUUUGGCUAGUCUGCACAAAGAAAAUGCUGGGUGUGUGUGUGUGUGUGUGUCUGUAGUUUUGUCUUUGUGUGGCAACUUUUGUCAUCCCACCCUUUUGAGACAAUUGUUUCCCUUUUGGGGACAUUUUGACUUGUCCACUAAAGGUAAAAUGCGACAAGUAUGCGCUCUUGUGAGGCGUCCUUUUCCAGCCCAACUUUGUGAGGACUGUUAUUGGCUGUGGGGACAAUUUUUGUAGUGGACAUUUUGGCUUUCCUCUGUGUCUCUUUGUAUUUUAUUACCGGUAAGUCAUUUGUUUAUUUGCGGUAUUUGUUUUUUGUUUUUUGGUAGACAUUUUGGCUUGUCCACACAAAAAAAUGCUAUUUGUGUGUGUGUGUGUGUGUGUGUGUGUGUGUGCGUGUGUGCGUGUGUGUGUGCCUGCGCGCGCAGGUACUUACUCCACUCAGUAUUACAUCCACCCUGCUUUGCAUAGCAGGAGGAAUUUCAGUCUUGACGGCUAAUCUAUUUUUUAAGGACAACAAAAAAAAAAAAGUGCCGUUACAGACAAAUAUUUUUUUUCUUUUCUUUUUCUCGCACUUUGUAUUUUUGGACAAGAAACAAAACGUGCGAGCCGUGCAGUGAGGAGACGUUUGAUACUUUCAUACCUCAUAUGGUUUUAAACUUAUUAUUUUUUCAAUGACACAAUAGGACGCUAUUUUUUUACACGAGAAAAUCAUGCUAUGAAUUCUUUAAAAAAGAUUUCUACAAUUUCAUUUCCCACAAUGCAUUGCUGGACUGCUUUUUUUUUUUUUUUUUUAAAUAUACCACAUUGUAUUGAGCAUGCAAUGACUUUUUAUUGUACUGGUCAACAUUAAUGUUAUUAUUAGGGUUAUUUAUUGGACUUAUAGCAUCAUUUCCUAAUUCAAUAGCUUGUUUUCAAUGUGCCGCGACACACUUUUAUUUGAGAAAAAAAAGUUCAUCCAGGUGGUAUAAAAGCGUCAGUAUUAUCUUGUGCAAUGUAUUGAAAUGUUACUCUGCUUUGUCUGUUUCCCUGCCAGCCCCUUUGCUUUAUUCUUUCUUCUUCUUUUUUUUUUUAAAUCGACCAAAAUGCAAAAUUGUGAGUGUGGGAUUCAAAACGUUUGUCAUGUUAGGUGCUGGGAGAAACGGUAACUUGAUGAACCAAAGACUUUUUAAGUCCGGUGGCCUUCUGUUUUUAUGAUUAUUAUUAUUAAUAUAAAAAAAAAAAAUACUCUCAUUGCUGUCAAUGACACUAAGAACUAACUCACCGGACACAACAUUAGGUACACCUGCAUCUCCAGAGCUCGCUGUGAGCAUCGUUAGACGGCACAGGUGUACCUAAUGAUGCGACUUGAGGUACUCUGGCGUUCAUUUAACAUGGACGCCGCAGCCCGCCACCAUCCCAAUGCAAUGUGUACAGUUGUAGAGCAGCACAUCCUCAUCACGCUGUGGAAACAAAACACGCUCUCUUGUACAUUUUUUCUACUCAUUUUUUUUCUCGCUUGUACAUACAGACCAAUAAAUUAUUUUUUAAAGAAA